AUGGCAGGGGCCCAGCAGGUGUUUGAGACACCGUCUCAGUCCUCUCGCUUCGUCUACACAUCAGACCGCCAUCCCCGCGAGACCCUGGAGAUGAUCAACAUCCUGCGCCGACAGCGGGAGCUCUGCGACGUCGUCAUCGUCGUCAACGACAACAAGAUCUACGCCCAUCGGAUCAUCCUGUCUGCGUGCAGUCCGUACUUCCGGGCCAUGUUCACGGGCGAGCUGGCCGAGAGUCGGCAGACAGAGGUCACCAUACGGGACAUUGACGAGCGAGCCAUGGAACAACUCAUUGACUUUGCUUACACGUCGACGAUCACCGUUGAAGAGAGCAACGUACAGACGUUGCUCCCCGCUGCCUGCCUGCUGCAGCUUUCAGAGAUCCAGGAAGCGUGCUGUGAAUUCCUCAAACGGCAGUUGGACCCUUCGAACUGUCUCGGUAUCCGGGCGUUUGCUGACACGCACGCCUGUCGAGAUUUGCUUAGAGUGGCUGAUAAAUUCACACAACAGAAUUUCUUGCAGGUCAUGGAAAGCGAGGAGUUUAUGUUGCUACCAGUCAAUCAGCUGAUGGAAAUCACCGGCAGCGAUGAGCUGAACGUACGCAGUGAAGAACAGGUCUACAGCUCCGUCAUAUCUUGGGUCAAAUACAACAUCCCUGAAAGAAGAGGGGAAUUGGCUAAGGUUCUGCAACACGUCCGACUUCCCCUGUUGAACCCCAAGUUCCUAGUUGGUACAGUCAGCACAGAUCUCCUGAUCCGUAGCGACGAGGCCUGUCGAGACCUGGUGGAUGAGGCCAAGAACUACCUGCUCCUACCCCAGGAGAGACCCUUGAUGCAGGGGCCCCGGACGCGGCCAAGGAAACCCAUCCGGUGUGGUGAGGUGCUCUUUGCAGUUGGUGGUUGGUGCAGCGGCGAUGCCAUCUCAAGCGUCGAACGCUUUGAUCCGCAGAGCGUGGAGUGGCGGAUGGUCGCACCCAUGAGCAAACGACGAUGCGGGGUGGGCGUGGCUGUCUUAGAUGACUUGCUGUACGCAGUGGGAGGUCAUGAUGGCUCCUCCUAUCUCAACAGCAUCGAGAGAUAUGACCCACAGACAAACCAAUGGAGUAGUGACGUAGCGCCAACCAGCACCUGCAGAACAAGCGUAGGAGUAGCCGUCCUAGAUGGUUACAUGUACGCAGUGGGUGGACAGGACGGCGUCUCAUGUCUCAACAUAGUUGAGAGAUAUGAGCCUCAUGCUAACAGAUGGACCCGUGUAGCAUCCAUGAGCACACGAAGACUGGGCGUCGCUGUCGCAGUCCUUGGGGGUUUCCUGUACGCCGUAGGGGGGUCAGACGGCACCUCGCCCCUCAACACAGUGGAACGUUACGACCCCCGUUCCAACAAGUGGACACCCGUGGCCCCCAUGGGCACGCGGCGCAAACACCUUGGCUGCGCCGUCUACAACGACAUGCUGUUUGCCGUCGGCGGGAGGGACGACCAGACAGAGUUGAGCAGCGCCGAGCGCUACGACUCAACGACAAAUACGUGGAAGCCGAUCGUCGCGAUGAACUCAAGACGAAGUGGGGUGGGGUUGUCAGUUGUCAACGGUCAACUCAUGGCGGUGGGCGGCUUUGAUGGCACGACGUAUCUCAAGACAGUGGAAAUCUACGACCCGGAAACGAAAUCCUGGCGGAUGUGCGGCAGCAUGAACUAUCGGAGACUCGGGGGUGGGGUGGGCGUGGUUAAACUCCCCCAAUCAGAAUCUAAUGUCUGGUGAUGAAAUACAUGAUCAAAACUUCCCCCCUUGAACAUACUAAGCUCCCCCCCUCCUCCAGAGCAAUUCCCGUUGCUUGUCAUUUUGAAACUAGAGGGGUACCAUAAGGACUUUUAGCCCCUUGUUCACAUAUUGAUUGUAAGGUGCUUGCGUUGAAUAUUCAUGCCUGUGUCGUGUUUGUAGUAGUGUAAAUCAUGUGGCAUUUGAAAUGGGCUGGCCCCAGAAAGAUGGAAAUUCAACCCAUCCUACACCCAUUUCAACCCACGUUAUACCCGUUUCAACCCAUCUUACACCCAUUUCAACCCAUCUUGUGCCCGUUUCAACCCAUCUUACACCCGUUUCAGCCCAUUACAGUGGAACACCAUUACAGUAGAACGCCGCUCUAACAAAACAUCGCGGGAUCCACAGAAACUGUUCGUAAUAGCGAUCGUUCGGUAUAGCGAUUUUAAGCUGCUGGUGCUCCGGUACUCACUUUUUAAUAAAUAGCGCCCUUCAAAACUUCACCCUGCAUGUCCUGGUAGUUACUGAAAGACGACUUUGAACACGUGCUGACUAUUGAAUCAUGCAAUUACACAGUUUUUGAGCUUACUAACGACAGCAAUGGAUGGCUUUCCCCAUCUAUUCCUUGGAGAAAUUGCCACUUG